CUUCUUCAGAGCCUCACCAACCACAACCUCAACGCACUUCCGAAUCCAUCUACCGCAGGUUAUUUGGAGUGUCAAGCCUUUUUGCACGCCAUGGCUGCCUCAAGCGAACCCUUCUACGUGCGAUACUAUUCUGGUCACUCUGGAAGAUUCGGUCAUGAGUUUCUUGAAUUCGACUUCAGAGCUCUCGGCGACGGACGCAGCGCCUCAGCCCGAUAUGCGAACAACUCAAACUACCGAAACGACUCGCUGAUCCGUAAAGAGAUGUGCGUGAGCUCUCUCAUGAUUGCAGAGAUCAAGAAGAUCAUCAAGGACAGCGAGAUCAUGAAGGAAGACGACACCAAAUGGCCACAGAAGAACAAGGACGGCCGCCAGGAGCUUGAGAUCCGACUCGGCAAUGAGCACAUCUCGUUUGAGACCGCCAAGAUUGGAUCGCUCGUCGACGUGACCGAAUCCCAGGAUCCAGAGGGGCUCCGUGUGUUCUACUACCUUGUCCAGGACCUCAAGGCGCUGGUGUUCUCUCUGAUAUCCCUUCACUUCAAGAUCAAGCCUAUUUGAGACGGUGACUGCAUCUCCGGCUGGCGUUUGGAUUUUGCUUUUCAUGGCCAGCGAACGCUCGCAUAUGCACAGCGCGGCGUGAAUUCACGGACCCUGCUUCCUGUUCUGCGUGGGCGGCGCCUGUGUGGGGGGAAGCGCUGGGUUCUUGGAGUCCAGAAGGAUUUUGUGGGUCGGUCACUUGUCACAUUUGAACCUCUCGGGUCAAUUCUUCACGAUAGAUAUUGCAUAGCGUUCACUUGGCAAGGCUGGCAGGAGGGAUUGCUGGUCGGAUGAUGAUCACCUGAUUGGCAUCGGAUUUCACAUUUUCGAUGUUGAAUAGCAUCCCACGGCGGCGCUGCUGUGGCGCGCCGACGGGCCAAAUAGAGCGUGCGGACUGCUGCUGUGGAUCUCUUGCAGUGAAAUAUCGCCACAGCUUUGUUCGAGUCCCGU